UAUCUUUUGUCGGGCCGUGGCUCCCCUCUCGCCUCAACAACCACUAAUCUAGAGGAGUUUUGGUUUGGGUUGUUAGUUACUAACGCGGCGGCUGCAGGAAGAGGAGGGACUAGCGGUGCUGCCGCAGCCUGACUUUGGCCCUGGGGGCCGUCGGAAAAGCUGCUUCAUAGCCGCCCUUACCCUGCCCCCUUCGGUCUUCCCCUUGUACUGGAGUUACUGCAGAGUCCCACAGACGACAACAGAGCGCCUCCUCUGCUGUCAACAUGUCUCAGCCAACGAAAGGCAAAAAACAUGCUGCCAAAGAGGACAGAGCGCAUGGGGCUAAAAGUACAAGUGGAGCAUCGGGGGAUAAAAAAGGAGCAGAAGCAGUGGAGAAGAAACCUGUAAAUACUAGCCUCACUGAAUCUCCCAAAACACAGACAAGUGGAACAGCUUCCAUCAGCAAGGCUCAGUCAUCUUCUCCAGUUCCCUCAAAGACACCCACUAUGAAGCCUUCUGAAGCAAAGGCUUCUUCAAGCCAGAAAAAGUCCAAUGGAUUGGAAUCCCACAAAAGGAAAAGAAACAAGAAGCAGGCAGCCCCAAAAUCCAAAGCAGAACCUGAAAAAACAUCACAGUUAACCAAGCCAGAUGAUUCAAAGACUAAACAUCCAUCAGAAGAGAAGCAAAAAGAUCCUGGAGGGGCAAAAAGCCCAAGCAAACCUUCUGUAACGGAAGCUAAGCAACCAGGUACUGGAAAAGUAGCCCCUGCUCAGAUUGACAGGUCAACAACACAGCUAACAUCGAAAGAGGAACCAAAGGUUAAAAGCGAUGACAAAUCAUUAACUACCAAGGCAGCAGUUGCAGCUGUUUGCACAGCUGGAGGCGUAACGGCUGUGGGCUUGACUACAGAGACUAAAGAAAGUAAAUCGGCAGCCGCAACUCCAGCUGUUGCAGAGAGUAAACCAGCUGAAAAGUCUGACUUAGAUGCUGCCUUAGAUAAUUUAAUAGAUACACUCGGAGGUCCUGAAGAAAAUGAACCACCUGCUCCUGAAUAUAUGGGCCCAGAAAUUUCGGACCCAAUGUCUUCCUUAUAUAUAGAAGAGUUGGGUAAACGAGAGAGCACAAUUCCUCCAGAGUACAGAAAACUCUUGGAGAGUAAAGGGGAUGGCAAAGUGGUUUCCCCACCAGUGGCAACGGGAGAAUUUCAGCCAACAAUGACAGAUGAUGACCUUGCGGAUGCUCUGUCAUCUGAUUUUACUUGCAGUGCUGUACCAUCUGCUGGAGAGAAGAAAGACAUGCCCAAAGAGAAGCCUGCAGAAGAAGGUGAACUUUUACAAGCACAGUCUACAAGUUUGGUCAGCAGUUCAGCUCCUCCUAAAGAAAAGAAACCUAAACUGGAAGAGAUGGCAAUUAGUGACAGCGCCCUGGAUGCUCUUGUGGAUACACUUGGCAUGCCAGAACCGGAACCUGAAGUAGACCUUAGCUCCAUUGUGGAAGUUGAAGAGCCAAAGGCCAAAGAAAGAAAAGAGAAGAAAGCUGGUGAACGGGAUGAUACAAUUCCUCCAGAAUACAGAUUAAAACCAGCCUUGGAUAAAGAUGGGAAGCCCUUGUUGCCAAAGCCUGAAGAAAAACCUAAGCCUCUUAGCGAAUCUGACCUGGCUGAUGAAUUUUCCAAAGAUUUUGCCUGUCCUGCUCCUCCCACAGAAAUAGCGAAACCAUCUAAACCUGCUGAUGUGUCUACGAAGCCUGAAGCUGCUGAGCUGCCAAAAACUCCCAAAGAAAAUGUGGCUUCAUCUCCUACAGUUGCUACAGUGCAGCCAUUAGCUCCAUCAGGAGUUUCUACAAAGCCUUCAGCACCUGAGCCCAAAAUAAUUUCUACAGAAGUAGUGUCUGCUGCAGCUGUUCCUUCUGUGCAGUCUUCAGCUCCCUUAGCAACUUCUCCGACUUCACAGGUACCUGAUGAAGCCCUAGAAGCCUUAUCUGGAAGUCUAGGAAAAGUAGAGCCUGACCCAGAAGAAAAAAGGCCUGCUGUGGAUAAAGUGAAGGAAAAAACAAAACAAGAGGAACGUGAGAAACUUGGGGAAGAUGAAGAAACCAUCCCUCCUGAUUAUAGAUUAGUUGAAGCAAAGGAUAAAGAUGGGAAGCCACUUUUACCAAAACCUCAAGAAAAAUCUCAGCCCCUGAGUGAAAGUGAACUUCUUGAUGCUUUGUCAGAAGGAUUUUCUUGUUCUUCAGCACCAACAUCAAAGGCUGCCCCAGGAGCUGCGCCUCAAAAAUCUACAAGUCCUGGUAAACCUGCUGUUGCAUCCACUGAAGAAGUUAUCUCUUCUGCUUCUGCUUCUGCGGUACACUCAUCAGCUCCUCUACCAGCAGCCACCCCAGGUAGGAAAGAACUUGAUGAUGCUGCAGAUCUUCUCGCAGAUUCAUUGGGACAAAGAGAACCUGACCCAGAUGAAAACAAACCACUUGUUGAUAAAAUAAAGGAAAAGGCUAAAUCUGAGCAUAGAGACAAACUUGGAGAGAGAGAUGAAACCAUCCCUCCUGAUUAUAGGCACAUUCUUGACUCAGAUGAGAAGGGUAAGCCAAUGAAGCCUUCAGGCAAGGAUGGUGAGAAACCCAAAGGACGAAAGAAGCCUGCUGAUAACUCAGCAGCUAUCGAUGCCCUUUCAGGGGACUUUGAUAAUUGUGGGAAACCUCCUGUCUUACAACAGCCUUCAUCAAAGGAUGAAAAAUCAAAAGAUGCUGCCACAUCGAAACCAGUUAGAAAGGAUGAAAAGAAAUCUAAAUCCUCCAAAAAGGCAAAGGAGCAGUCCUCUUCCAGUGCAAAAUCUGAGAAACAAAAAAAAAGUUAAAUGUUACCAGGCUUUUCAUCGCUAGUGCAAAAAGUCUUCAUUUUGCUGGUGGAUAGCUGCACUUGAACAAAAGCUGUUUUGCAGAAGCAAGAUAGUCUCCUGGGUGGUUUUUGUAUCAUGGUAUUUGGAUAUUUUGGCAUGGCAGGCAUAUUUACUAUUUUCAAUGAUGACCUUUUUCUAGCCACUUAUUUUACUAUCGUUUAUUUUGUAAUUUUCUUCAGUUUUGAGAGGGAAAGGAUGCUUUAUAUUUGUAAGAAAAGUAUUUCUAUGGAUUUAAUAGCAAUGCAAAAAAAAAAAGUCUGCAAAUUUUGCACAUAAUCUACACAUAGUGCCUGUAAAUCUCAUCAGAGUUCACAAAAGCUGUGGUUUGGGUUUUUUUGUUAGUAUAAUGAAUGCUCUAAACAUUCUGGAAUGCAUUGAGUUUUGGCUAUCGGCCUGUUUAGUUUGGUUGCCUGUAGGUAUUCAUUUGGAAGCAUAGGUGGUAAAAAGUGAAUAAUCAGAUGCUAAGAUUUUAACAUGGGAGCAGAGCAGAAGGUAUUGUUUGUCAUACUUGGCUUCUAAUAACAUAGUAUUGAAUAUGAAAAGUGCCAUUAGUAUUUUCAUUGUAAUUCUUGAGUCCUCUCUGUCACCACCUUUAUAUAUUUCUGCUCCCUCUGCCAGGCUUGCAGGAAAGACAUACAAUUGCAUCUGAACUACUAGAGAAGGAUAGUGAUGCUCUGAAAAGGACACAGUUUUGAAGUCUCUGGUUCCUUGUCUUUGACUGGCAGAACUGCACGUAGAAUUGCAAUGACAGAAUAUAUAUUCAGACAAAUUACACUGGUAUAGUCUCCUCCCAGGAAUUCAGAUGACAUAACAGCUUUCUGAUGUAUACGUACACAUCACAGUUAAUUAAUGAAGGUGCCUUCGUGAACUAAUUUGUAUGCAAUGCUUGCUCAAUUACCAUGUUUUCCUUUCCUUUAUGGUAUUCCUUGCAGUUUGAGAGAGAGAAGCUGUGGCUCCCAUAUUGGAUUCUGAUAUGCUUUGCAAUCUGAGUACAAAUUUUUCUAUAGACUUGUGGAAUAAGGUACUACUCCUUGUUUCGCGAAAUGGUCAAAUCGGCUUCUAGGUAGUUAGCUCUCUAGACUACCAUUGUCAAACAUAUAGGGCACAGUCCACCAGGAAUAUCACCUGUGAAAGCCCUUUUAAACUGCAUGGGAGUUAUACAGGACCAUGGUCAUUUUCCGCCAAAGCUCUUACUUGUUUCAAAAGGAGCAAGUGCAGGAGAUAUUCCCAGUGGAUUGCAUCUUUGAAGAACAUCAGCAUUCUGACUAUCCUUGACAAUUUGUAAGGUUAAUACUGUACUGUUUUGGGCAGUCUGUAUUAAGGUUGUCUGUCACACUAAUAAAGUUUUAGAAUGUA